AUGAAUAAUAAUUUUAAAAAUGAAAAUUUCAAAGAAGACAAUUAUAUUAAGGCCUGGAUUAAGCAAUCGGAAAACCCGGAGCUUUAUAAGAAUUGGAAUGACAUAGAUGAUCAAACUUACCCAAACGAAUUGGUAAAAGUUGUUGACUUCAACAAUUUCAAUAGUAACCUUAUAAAUACAAUUAUGACAGAACAUUCUCCUGAUAUAUCAAAAAAAAAAAAAAAAAGGAAAGCAUACAGUUUAUUUUAUAGUAAUGAAAUAUAUCCAGAAAGUAAUAACCACUCAUGUAAUGAAGAAAAUAAUAAUUAUUACCAUGGUAUGUAUCCAACUUGUGAUGAUAGCGAUGGUAGUGAUGAUAGAUAUUUUACUUCAUUGGAUAAAACUCCUGUAGAAGGUAAUGUGGAUGAUAAACUUAAGUUACAAUGUAAAGAUGAAAAAAGACGUAUUUCAAUUAAAAAGGUGAAAAGAGAAAACGUUUUUUCUGAAAAUAAUUAUAAUGAAAUGAUGUGUGGUAAUUUUAUCAAUUCAUCACCAAUUAUAAAAUUAAAGGAGUUUACAAAACCAAGUUAUGGAAGUGAAAGUACGAGUGAAUUUUUUAAUAAUUAUGAUUUUGAAACCCCAGUUAAAAUGCUAAAUUCUAAAAAAAAGACAUAUCAUUAUAAAACUAAAAAAGACAAUAGUACAACAAACACAACAAAAGAAAACUCCUCGCAGGAAAAUGUUUCAUCCAAUAAUAGUGAAACCAAACGUAUUAUCAACUUUUCAAAUAAAACAGAAGAUUUUAAUGAUUUGCAUUAUAAUUCAGAAAACGAUUUCUUAACUUCAUCAGAAUAUGUGGAUGAUGAUGAUUCAUCAAGAUGUUCUAACAAGAAACAAAGUGAAGUUAACUUUCUCGGACAGAGAUUAGACUAUAAGGUAGUAGGAAAUGUCAUAAAUAUUUCCAAAGAUCAUCCGCAUUUUACUAUGCUGUGA